AUGAGCGAUUAUUCUCAUUCAUCAUAUAACCGGACGGCAACCAACAACACAACUCCCCAAUCAUCACAUAAACAUAAUAUUCCACCGUCAAACCCAGCAUCUCAACAACAACAAAAUACUCGUCCUCCGUACAGCAAUCCUUUAAUGAACUCGAUCUCUUCCGAUAUGUAUGGGUCGUCGAAUUCGCAAAUUCCGUAUCAUCAGCAGACAUCGAUGAAUUCUCAUCAUAAUAGUACUUUCCAGCUUAAUCCGAAUGCGCCACCUUUUCAUCCUACCUAUUCGUAUCAUCUCAAUGACAUUCCAUCCUAUGUCAAUGCUCCAAUGUACGAUGGGUAUUGUCCAACUAAUGCUUAUGAUUAUCAGAAUACUUUUGAUAUAAAUUUGAUUCUUGAAACUGGAUUGGUUUCAUUUGCAAAAUCAUGGUUUCUCAAUACUUUGAUAUAG